GUAUUCGGUUUGGAUCUUCACACAAAUCGUCUGAUCUAUCGUAGUGGAAUUACUCCUGAAACUCCUGGUGGACAAUCUUGGUUUGCACUGGAUCUCCUUAUUCUUCCAACUUUUGACGAUGAACUCAAGGUUGGCACUUCUGGAGACCAAGAGGGGCCCCUUCUUCCAUUGUGUCCUUCACAGGAAGAGGUUAUCCAAUUGAUAGGUCGGGUUCUUCAGUUGACAAAUUUAAGUAUCGAUCACACAGAUAAUGACAACCUAGAGCGUUUGAGCAUUCCUGAGGAUUACGACGCUAGUGCUAUCGAUCAGCUUUCUCUGCAAAUACCAUCCACUCUUAUCCUGAAUAACAAGAUACGUAGACUCUUUACUUCCAAACAUCAAAACCGCAAAAACAACUUUUUCGGUAGUUUAAAGCAUCUCCACAAAGACUCCUCUUGGGAGAAGAUCGAUUCCUCUUCCUGCUCCUCUGAAAACCAGUCGCUCCCGAAAGUCGGCAAUCCUCCUGCUCGUUUGACAUUUGUCUGGGCCGGUGCAAUGAAUUGUCCGGUUGAACAAGAUAUUCCCAUUCGCUGGAGGAUUGCAUCUCUUUUGACUUGUGAGUAA